GAGUUGUCGUUUCGACGUCACAGGAACCUCGGGUCUCCCGGCCGUUCGAGCUGUCCCUCUCCCGCAACCGAUUUCUGUCCCGUUCUCUGUCGUCGCACGUCUCCUUCACCUCCUUCUCCUUAUAAUCUUCAUCUCCUUCUCCUUCUCUGUCUUCUCCCUGCAUCUCUCUCUCUCUCUCUCUCUCUCUCUCUCUAUCUCUACAGCUCCUCCGCCUUCUCUCUCUAGCUCGCUCGCUUCGGUCGUAUGGGGAUUGCCAAGACAUUCAAGGAUGAGUUCUCCUUCGAUAAGCGCUUGGAAGAAUCGAAGAGCAUCGUCGACAAGUAUCCCGACCGAAUCCCUGUAAUCAUAGAAAGAUACUCGAGGACCGAUCUGCCGGAAAUGGAUAAGAAAAAAUUUCUCGUCCCUCACGACAUGUCAGUAGGUCAGUUCAUCCACAUUUUAAGUAGCAGGCUGCAAUUGACCUCAGGGAAAGCUCUAUUUGUAUUUGUCAAGAACACCUUGCCUCCAACAGCAAGUCGGCUGGACAGCAUCUAUCAGUCUUCCAAGGAUGAUGAUGGCUUUCUGUACAUGUGCUAUAGCACCGAGAAGACCUUUGGCUAAGCUGUACAUAUGUCUCCGUGCAAGUCCCCUUCCUUUUAGUGAAUGCUGGGGACCCCUUACCUGGAAUAACCUGUUGAUUCUCUUAGCACUUUGACAUUGUAAAUUAUGUAAAUUUGAACAUUAUUUGAUUCAAUAAGAUGAAAGCGCUGCAUAGUUCCUCUGCGCUUCGACUAA